AUGUCCCGGUUCAUCGAUCACAGUCGCGACUUGGCCAUUCCGCUAGGCUCUCUGGUCCUCGUCACCGGCAUCUCGGGAAUGAUCGCGAUUCACAUCGCGGACGAAGCGCUCCGAGCCGGAUUCCGCGUGCGCGGGACGGUGCGAACAGCUGCCCGGGCACAUGAAGUGCGCUCUUUGCUUCCAUCGCCCGACCUGGAGAUUGUCCUUGUGCCAGAGAUGGGGGCCAAGGGUGCAUACGAUGCGGCGUUGGCCGACGUGGCGGCGGUCAUCCACUGCGCCUCCAUCACCAACUUCUCUCCAGAUGCGGACUCGGUCAUUCCCACCACGGUAAACGCUCUGGUAGGCCUUCUGGAAGGCGCGCUGUUGCACCCCAGCGUGAAACGGGUCGUGUUCACCUCGACCAGCGGGGCGGCGUCGAAGCCCCGGCCUGGGGUGCAAUUCGCAAUCAACCGCGAGUCCUGGAAUCAAGAGGCGGUAGAGCUUGUGGAGAGAGUGGCGUCCGAGGAGGAACGGAGCAAGAUGGGGUUUGAGUGGGGGUACCAGGUGUACGUGGCCUCUAAGGUGAAGGCCGAGCGAGCUGCCUGGCGCUUCGUGGCGGAGCGGAACCCACCGUUUGUGGUCAAUGUCAUCAACCCAGCGAUGAACUGGGGCAAAGUCAUGGGGUCCAUGGGGGUCAGUGGUCUACAUGUGCAGAGUGUCCUCAACGGUCGGAUCCCGCCUAUUCCAUCAGUGUACAUGGUCGAUACCAUUGAUGACGCGCGGAUCCAUAUUGCGGCGGCAAUCGAUGUGACGGUGGCUAACGAGCGGAUCUUCGCCUGCGACGAACCCUUCACCUGGGGCCGUGUGGUUGACAUAAUCCAGAGGGUCUUGCCCGACGCCAUGCUGCCUAGGGCCGACCCCGGUCAAUUGGUGGACCUGAGUACAGUGGACAACACACUGGGGGCCCGUCUCUUGACCAGAUGGUGGGGGCAGGCUGGCUACAAAGGACUAGAACAAACCGUACGGGAGACGGUGGAAAUGUGCUUAGAACGGGGUAGCUACUCGCAUUAA